UGUAGUACUGGCAGUGAACUUCGGAACCUAUCCUGAGCAGUGUUGAAUUCGCCUUAAAGCUAUCAAAAGUAAUGAAAGGAAUAGUUUAAGACUACAUUUUAUUUUUUAUGAAGGCUAAUUAUUUUUUUUGAACAGAACAUAUAAAGUUCGUCAAAACCAACAUGAAUAAUAUUGAGCAGAAUAAUGAAGAGUACUCAGAUUCAGAAGUAGAUGAGGUUGAGCCAAGACUUAAGUAUGUCAGAGUACGAAAUGAUUUGGAGAAUAUUCUGCAAAAUGAUGCAGCUAGCUGCAUUGCUGUACACCCUAAAUUUUUAUGCCUAGGAUCACAUUGGGGAAUGAUUCAUCUAUUGGAUCAUCAAGGAAAUAAUAUAAGAUCAAAAACUCUUCAAGCACAUACAGUUGCAGUUAAUCAAAUUUCUAUUGAUUUAAAUGGAGACUUUAUAGCAUCAUGCAGUGACGAUGGAAAAGUUUUUAUCUAUGGACUUUAUAGUACAGAAAAUAAUCACAAUAUGAGUAUGGGUCGUUUAGUGAAAAGUAUUGCAAUAGAUCCAAAUUAUUACAAAAGUGGUAGUGGAAGAAAAUUUAUCACAGGAGACGAUAAACUUGUUCUAUAUGAAAAAACAUUUCUAUCAAGAAUAAAACCCACUAUUCUUUGCGAAGCUGAAGGUGGUGUACGUUCAGUGGCAUGGGCAGGACAAUUUGUAGCAUGGGCCUCUGAUACAGGGGUUAGAAUAUAUGAUUUACAUGCUCGAUGUUCCUUAUGUCUUAUCAAGUGGAAUAGAACAACAGAAGCAUUACCAGAGCAUUACAGAUGUAAUUUAAGAUGGUCAGAUGAUACAAUUCUGCUCAUUGGUUGGGUUGACACUGUUCGUAUUUGUCAAAUUCGAAAGAGAUCAUUACAAGAAAUGGCAAGUAGAGACCUUCCAGAGUUUGUAGUAGAUCCAAUAUCUACCUUUAGGGUAGACUUCUAUAUAUCUGGAAUUGCUCCUCUGGAAAGUCAAUUGAUACUUCUGGGCUGUUUAAAAGAAUCUGAUGAAGAUGGAAAAAGUCAAAGACCAACUCUGCAUGUUGUAGAACCAAAAUAUCAGGAUUUUUCUGCAAUAUGUGCUAAUUCUCUGACACUGCGGGGAUAUAAAGAAUAUAGCUGUAAUGAUUAUCAUUUGGACUGUCUUACAGAUGAAAAUAGAUUUUUUAUAGUUAGUCCCAAAGAUAUUGUAAUUGCAAGCUUAUAUGAUGCUGACGAUAGAAUCGAAUGGUUACUAUCUCAUGGGAAGUUUGAACAAGCUUUAGAAGCCAUUACAAGUAAUGCUGGCAAAGAUUGCAAAAAGCAUUCUCUAAUCUAUGUUGGCAGAGUUUAUUUGGAUUAUCUUCUGAGUCAUGAGAAAUAUGAUGAAGCUGGAAAGUUGUGUCUGAAAAUUCUUGGGCGAGACAAGAAACUCUGGGAAGAAGAGGUAUACAAAUUUGCAAGAGUUCAUCAACUUAGAUCAAUCUCUUCAUAUUUGCCUCGAGGAGAUGUUACGUUGGAUCCAUUAAUUUAUGAAAUGGUUCUAUAUGAGUACUUGAAAAUGGAUCUUGAUGGUUUUCUACAAUUAAUUAAAGAAUGGCCACCAAACUUGUACACGGUGGCGGCAGUAGUUAAUGGAGUCUUAGAGCAUCUUCCCGUGCAUAAACAAAGACAUAACAUUCUUCUUGAAGCACUUGCUAUUCUAUAUAGUCAUGAUGGAAAGUAUGAUAAAGCACUAGCAAUGUAUUUGAAACUACGGCACAAGGAUGUAUUUCACUUGAUCCAGAAACACCAACUGUAUAAUUCAAUAUACGAUAUGAUUGAAGGAUUAAUGGAUUUAGAUGCUGAGAGAGCAAUACAAUUUUUCCUAGAAAAAGAUCGUGUCCCAUCAAAUAUUGUGGUUCAAAAGUUACGAAAUAAUCAUCGUUAUUUGUAUAUGUAUUUAGACGCACUGCAUCGGAAAGAUACUAAGGAUUCAAAGGGAAAAUACCAUGGGCUUUUGGUGCGUCUUUACGCCGAUUAUUCGAGGGAUAAAUUACUACCUCUUUUACGACGCUCUGAUAAUUAUCCGAUAGAAGAAGCACUAGAUAUAUGUACUCAAAGAAAAUUUUACCCAGAAAUGGUUUAUCUUUUGGGUAGAAUCGGCAAUACUACCGAAGCUUUAGGACUUAUGACCAGAGAAUUAAACGACAUGGAAAGCGCUAUUGCAUUUUGCCAAGAACAUGAUGAUGAAGAAUUGUGGAACGAUCUUGUUAACUACUCUCUUGAUAAACCUGUUUUACUUUCAGAGGCGAUUACAUUUUUACUCCAGAGAAUAGGAACCUAUGUAGAUCCCAGAGUUAUGGUUCAGAGAAUAGAACCUUCUUUAGAGAUUCCUGGAUUAAAGAAUGCUCUGGUAAAAAUGAUAUGUGAUUAUAACCUUCAGGUUUCCGUUCAGGAAGGCUGCAAGAAAAUUCUUUCCAGUGAUUAUUUCAAUUUGCACGAGAGACUCGUACGCUUUCAUCAGAAAGGAAUUUCCAUGGAUGAUUAUCAAAUGUGCGGUGCUUGCCAUAGAAACAUUGUCGUAAAAGAACCUAGAAGUGUAGUUAUAUUUUACUGUAGACAUACGUUUCAUGAAGACUGUUUACCAAAUUUGGAAGUGGUGGAUAACUGUGUAAUAUGUAAUCCCCAAAAAAAUGUAUCAUUAGAACGGACAUAAUGGAUAUUAGAAAGCUUUAAAAAAGCUCUUUAAAGCUGCUAGAAUUAAAAAUAAUGUGGUUUUUGUUUUAAAAGUGAAAUUUUUCAAUUGAUUACCAACUGUCAGAGCUUGAACAUAGUUAGCUACUAAUUUCUUCAGCUGAGGAUGCUUAUCAAUAUAAUCAAUGUGCUGCACUUUCUUGCAGGUCUGUAAAUUUAAAUAGAAGGUAUUUUGCUAUUUUUGUAAUUCUUUUGCUAUACUUACUUUUCUUUCAAAAUAUUUAGAUAUCAUUUCCAUAUCUUGCUGCCUUCUUCCCUUCAUUGAAUCGUUACAUGUCAUGUCUUCAAUUUUCGUUUCUGUGGAAUCUAUCAUGGAAUUCAAUUCCAUUAUAUAUGUGAAUGUUAGGGUCCGAACGUAAUUAAAGGAAUAAAACAUAAGGAAUGGAGAAUAGAAUGGUUUUGAUUAAUCAUCACUGUCUUGCUGGAAGCAAAAAAUUAACAAAGUCACUGUAUUAACCGCAUAACAGCUCUUCCCUUUAUGUUUCAUUCCUUUCAUUGUGUGCGAAUCUUUAUAUAAACGUGAUUGCAAAUUUUGUAAUCUACAUUGUCUAUGUUUCUAUCGUGCAGGAUUUAAGUAGAAUUAACCAAUCACGUUCGUGUAUUUUUCUCAAAUGUUGUACAUAAUUAGUUAAUCUUACUUAGAUCCUACAUGAUGGGAAUGUAUUUAUUCUGUGGUAAAUACUUUAAUAUCACAAUUAUUUAACUUCAUAUAUUUUGCUUAUAGGACAUGUUUGUAUGAGAAUUUAAUUUAAGAUUAUAUUGAUAAAAGAAAUAUAACCAUUAAAAGUUCUAAAAAACGUAUAUAUUCAGAUGUAGCAAACAUUUGAAAGAUCAAAGAUGUCAUUUAAUUUCUUUAUAUGUAUAACAGCUUUGUAUCCACUAUACUUUUUUCCCCCAGACACUACCAACAUAAGAGUAAUUGUAAUAUCGGGCUUGAUGUUACUUAUUAUUAGAUUUCUUUUACACAAAAUGUGUUACAAUGUAUAAUAUUUAAUGAAAAAAAUGAAUCACUAAUAUAUAAGGAGAAAUGCCUGUGCACAUAAAAUAUUCCUUUAGUCAAAUGAAUUAUGCUGAAAUUGUACAGUAUUUCUUAUAGUAAAUAAAUUGAAUUUCCUCAGUA